GGGUGGGGAACUUUACACGUAAGACCAUGCCCUAAAAAGAUGGUUUCUUCCCGCCAAAGCAACCCAAGAUACUGCCACGUCACCACUCAACCACCCUCCUCUCUCGGCCCAAGACUGUGUUGAAUGGAACGUUAGUUCCACUCUUUUCUCUUGCUAAAACCACCCACGUGUGUGUAUAUAUAUAUUUGUAUUGGGGAUCGGAGACUCAGCAGAGUUUGGGAAGAAUGGAGAAUUUGGUGUUUCUCUCUCUUCUUCUUCUUGUUCUUCUCUCUCCUUUCUCUUCCGCCAAUGACAUUCUAGGGUUUUCUUCCAACCCUAAGUUUCCAAAGUCGCAAGCGGAGAAGCUGAUAAGGGAGCUUAAUUUGUUCCCCAAAGACGCGGAGCCGGUCAACGCCGUGGGCCGUGAGUCUCCGAAGAGCCUUGUGGAGACGCGGCUGAGGUUCCCCGGUAUUGACUACUCUGAUGCUUCGGUUUCGGUUGAGGACCUGGGGCACCAUGCCGGCUACUACAAGAUUAAGCACUCUAGUGCUGCAAGGAUGUUCUACCUUUUCUUUGAAUCGCGAGACAACAGGAAGGACCCUGUUGUCAUUUGGUUGACUGGAGGACCAGGGUGUAGUAGUGAAUUGGCUGUAUUUUAUGAAAAUGGGCCUUUCACUAUUGCUAAAAACUUGUCGCUCUUAUGGAAUGAGUUUGGUUGGGACAAGGUAUCAAACCUUCUGUAUGUUGACCAGCCCAUUGGUACUGGCUUCAGUUAUAGCUCUGAUAAACAUGACAUUCGUCACAAUGAAGAGGGUGUCAGUAAUGACCUGUAUGACUUCUUACAGGCCUUCUUUGAGGAGCACCCCCAGUUUGCAGACAAUGACUUCUAUAUAACCGGAGAAUCAUAUGCUGGGCACUAUAUUCCUGCUUUUGCUGCUCGAGUUCACCGAGGAAACAAAGCUAAAGAAGGAAUUCACAUUAAGCUUAAGGGAUUUGCAAUUGGUAAUGGGCUUACUGAUCCUCAAAUCCAGUACAAAGCAUAUACAGAUUAUGCAUUAGACAUGGGGAUAAUUCAAAAACCUGAUUAUGACCGUAUCAACAAGGUGCUUCCGGUGUGUGAGAUGGCAAUAAGGCUUUGUGGCACUGAUGGGACAAUCUCUUGCAUGGCUUCAUAUUUUGUUUGCAACACCAUAUUCAGUAGUAUAAUGGCCAUUGCUGGUGAUGCUAAUUACUAUGACAUCAGAAAGAAGUGUGAGGGGAGUCUUUGCUAUGACUUCUCAAACAUGGAGAGAUUCCUGAACCAGAGAUCUGUUAGGGAUGCUCUUGGAGUUGGGGACAUAGAUUUUGUUUCUUGUAGCCCCACUGUGUAUCAGGCUAUGCUGAUGGACUGGAUGAGGAAUCUUGAAGUUGGUAUUCCUGCAUUACUUGAGGAUGAAGUCAAAUUGCUUGUAUAUGCUGGAGAAUAUGAUCUCAUUUGCAAUUGGCUUGGUAAUUCAAGAUGGGUUCAUGCCAUGAAAUGGAGUGGCCAGAAAGAUUUCCAAGCAUCCCUUGAAAUUCCUUUCGAAGUAAGAGAUUCACAUGCUGGACUGGUGAAAAGCUAUGGCCCUCUUACCUUCCUCAAGGUCCAUGAUGCUGGUCACAUGGUUCCCAUGGAUCAGCCCGAAGCUUCAUUAGAGAUGCUGAAGAGGUGGAUGGAAGGCAAACUCGUUGAAGGCCAAGAUGAAUCAGAAGAGCCAGAAAAAUUAGUUGCUCAAAUGUGAUUUGAUUCCCUCUGUUUGUGUUCAUCAUAUAUCUAGGUUUAUCAAAAUCCACAAGCAGUUGAGUAAUUGGGUAUGUCCAACAUUGCAAGCUAGCUGAUGUUGAAGUCUUGAGUGCACCUGUAAAUAUAUUUGCCCUCAGAUACAGAUAAAUUUCUGGACAACUUUUUGAUGUUUUUGUGGUUAUUAAAGACUACUCAGCAACUGAUUAUCUUACAAAAACUUAUGUUGGGGAUAAGAAUACGUACUGUUCUACA